GGGCUAAGCGCGGUCCCGCCGGGCGGCGGAACGCCGGUGAGCGGGGCCGCGCCCCGCGGCGGGAGCGCGCCGGCAGAGCACCGCCUGCGCCGCGCCGUUUCCACGGCGACCGCCGAGCCGCCGCCGGCGCGGGAAGAUGUCGGCCGGGCACCGAGGCAGCGCGGCGGGCUUCGCGUUCCGCUCCCUGCCCCAGAAAGUCUUCUCCUGCCUGCAGGACAGGGACAUCGGGGACCGACUCCUCAAAUGGUCCAUGCAAGGCAGGAUCACAGCACAAGCAUUCGGUUUCGACCAGCAGUUUAAGCCCUAUCAAAAGGAUGAAUUUGUUAUGGCAUUUUUUAAUGAUCAAAAUGUGAACUCCAGUUUAAAGUUGCUCUCAGCUUCAGGACAAUGGACUACAUUGGGUUCCAAAGUGACAAAAAUUGAAGCUACAGUGGUGCCCUGUACACAGAUUUCCAUGUCAUUUUUUGAUCGGCUAUACACUGAAGGAGUUGUUAGAGAAACUGGAGAUAUUGUGAAGUGUUUUGAUGACUACUACGAUGAUAUUCUAAUCUCUGAUGAAUUAAGGAAGGUCUUGCUUCUGGAAGAUUCAGACCAUUAUGACUUAUUCAGUCAAUCAGAUCGCAAGGAAUUUCUGUUCUGUCUUUUUAAGCAUCUCUGCAUUGGGGGAACUCUUUGCCAGUUUGAAGAUGUAGUUGGCCCAUACUUAGAAACAACAAAAGCUUUAUAUAAAGAUUUGGUGAGUGUUCAAAAGAAUCCGGAAACAAAAGAAAUAUGUAUUAUUUCUACAGUCUUCAGAGUGGCUGCAUAUGAUGAUAAUGGCCUGUGUUACCCUUCAAGCAAAAGCCACGAACAGACGUUUGCCUACUUGAUCGUGGAUCCCUGCAAGCGACACGUGCACGCUCUAUAUCACUGUUUUGGUGGAAGUUUAUUUACCGCCUAGUUAUAAACCUGGCUGUUCUCCAGUCUUACAGCGGGGGUGGCCUUCUCUGCACCAAUUUCGGGUAGAAGUUGCCCGGUUUCCUUACGAGGAAGGAUGUGCUCCUUGGAUCAGAGGCGCUGAACGGCCACACCUUCACUUAGAUGUUACUGUGUGGUUAGUGACAAAAGUUUUGUGUAACUUUUCUGUAUUUAAAAGGCACACUUCUUGAGGCUGUUGUCCUGGCAGUUUUGUCGCCCCUCCCCUCACCCGUCUGAUUUAAUAAAGGGUAUUUCUCGA